CCGGAGGCGCACGUUGCGUCAGCACGCGGAGAGGUCGGGCCGGGCGCUUCCUGCGCUCGUUGGCGGUACCUGCCUUGGAUGGCAGAAUUCGGUCCUCAUGGCAGAGAUAAUUCAGGAACGCAUUGAAGAUCGUCUCCCCGAAUUGGAACAGCUGGAACGCAUUGGACUGUUCAGCCAUAAGGAGAUUAAGGCUAUCAUUAAGAAGGCUUCGGAUCUAGAAUACAAAAUACAGCGAAGAGCUCUUUUUAAGGAGGACUUUAUCAAUUAUGUUCAAUACGAAAUUAAUCUUUUGGAGCUGAUUCAGAGACGAAGAACUCGCAUUGGCUAUUCAUUUAAGAAGGAUGAGAUUGAGAAUUCUAUUGUACAUCGGGUACAAGGUGUCUUCCGACGUGCUUCAGCAAAAUGGAAAGAUGAUAUUCAACUCUGGCUGUCUUAUAUAGUCUUCUGUAAGAAAUGGGCUACCAAAACUCAACUUAGCAAGGUAUACUCUGCCAUGUUGGCCAUUCAUUCGAACAAGCCGGCUUUGUGGAUUAUGGCCGCCAAAUGGGAAAUGGAAGAUCGCUUAUCUUCAGAAAGUGCAAGACAGCUAUUUCUUCGGGCUCUGCGAUUUCAUCCUGAAUGCCCAAAACUUUAUCAAGAAUACUUUAGGAUGGAGCUGAUGCAUGCUGAGAAACUGAGAAAGGAAAAGCAGGAAUUUGAAAAAGCCAAGAUGGAUGUGGUGAAUCUUGAUUAUCCCGAGGAAAUCCUUAAGGGUGAGUUGGCACGGAUCGUCUACAAAAAUUCUGUAAGCAAAAUUAAAGGUGCAGAAUUUCAUGUGUCACUGCUUUCAAUUGCACAGCUAUUUGAUUUUGCCAAAGAUCUGCAAAGAGAAAUUUAUGAUGACCUUCAGACUCUGCACACAGAUGACCCCUUCACUUGGGAUUAUGUGGCACGGCGAGAAUUAGAGAUUGAGUCACAGCCAGGAGAAGAGCAGCCUACCACAAAACAAGCCAAAUCAGUGGAGGUGGGCCGGAGGGAGGAGAGAUGCUGUGCUGUAUAUGAAGAGGCAGUGAAGACGCUCCCUACAGAAGCCAUGUGGAAAUGCUACUUCAGCUUUUGCUUGGAAAGGUUUGCUAAGAAGACAAGUAGUCAGUUCCUCAGAGAGAAGAGGCAAGAAAGAACCAUGAUUGCAUUCAGGAAGGCUCAUGAACUCAAGCUUCUACCAGAACUGCAAUACAAGCAGUGGAGUCAGUUGUUACUGGACCAUAACUUCUUAAAGGAAGCUCUGGAAGUGGCAGUAGCUGGCACAGAAUUGUUCCGAGACUCUGUGAUGAUGUGGCAGAUGAAGCUGCAGGUGCUGAUUCACUCCAAGAGCCCUGACAUAGCCAUGUUAUUUGAAGAAGCCUUUGUGUGCCUCAAACCCCAGGGCUGUCUGCCAUUGUGGAUUUCUUGGGCAGAGUGGAGUGAAGGUGCUAAAAGCCAAGAAGACACUGAAGCCAUCUUUAAGAAAGCUAUGUUAGCUAUCACAGGUGCCGACUCAGUCACUCUGAAGGAUAAGUACCUGGAUUGGGCUUAUCGAAGUGGUGGCUACAAAAAGGCCAGAGCUGUGUUUAAAAGUUUACAGGAAAGUCGUCCAUUUUCAGUUGAUUUUUUCAGGAAAAUGAUCCAGUUUGAAAAGGAGCAAGAAUCCUGCAAGAUGGCAAACUUGAGAGAAUAUUAUGAGAGGGCUUUGAGGGAGUUCGGAUCUGUAGAUUCUGAUCUUUGGAUGGAUUACAUAAAAGAAGAAUUGAACCCGCCCCUCGGGAGACCUGAGAACUGCGGACAGAUCUAUUGGCGGGCCAUGAAAAUGUUGCAGGGAGAGUCAGCAGAGGUUUUUGUAACUAAACACGCUAUGCAUCAGGCUGGUCAUUUGUGAAGAGGAAGAACAUGGCCAACUUUGUGAAAUAGUACUGUAGACUCUCUGGGCAGAUUUGUAAAAUGAGUUCAUUUACAAUUUGCUCAGAGAUGGCAGACAAGAUGGCUGUCUGAUUUUGAGACAUGCUUUCAUUUU